AUGGCGUCUUCUUCUCUCUCGUCUCUUUCCUCCAUUCUCAGCAACCCUCAAGGUUGUUCUCUCUGCUUCAAAGCCUCUACACGUCGCGGUCUCUCUCUAGCAUUCCUCUCCUCCAAACUAAACCGUGCUUCUUCUUCUUCUUCUUCUUCUUCUUCUUUUUCUGCUCUUCUCCCUCGUCUCACACAUAAACCGAUCAAGAGGAAGAAUGGGUUUUCUCUAGAUCUCUCUAGAAGCUUCUCUGUUUCUCAAAUUGCUGGUUCCGGUAAGUUUGAUGGUCCAAGCCUCCACCAAUUCAUCUCCAAUGCUCAAGCCAACGCUUCUCUUACCCCUCCCCAGACUGAUUCAGAAUGCACAUUAGACUCUGAGAUUGCGUCAAAAGGACGGAUUUAUCACGAAACAUACGGAUGUCAAAUGAACAUAAACGACAUGGAGAUCGUCCUUGCGAUCAUGAAAAAAUCCGGUUACAAAGAGAUAGUGACAGAUCCAGAGAGCGCAGAAGUCAUUUUCAUCAACACUUGUGCAAUCCGAGACAACGCAGAGCAGAGAGUAUGGCAAAGACUCAACUACUUCUGGUUCCUAAAACGUGAAUGGAAGACCAACGUUAAAAGAGGAAGAGCACAGUCUCUCAAGCCACCUAAAGUCGUCGUCUUGGGAUGUAUGGCUGAGAGACUAAAGGAACAGAUUCUAGACUCUGAUAAAAUGGUCGAUGUGGUGUGUGGUCCUGACGCGUACAGAGACCUCCCGAGGCUGUUGGAAGAAGUAGACUAUGGACAAAAAGGAAUCAACACUCUUCUUUCUCUAGAAGAGACUUACGCAGACAUAUCUCCAGUCAGAAUCUCCCAAAACGCUAUCACUGCGUUUGUAUCAGUCAUGAGAGGAUGCAACAACAUGUGCGCUUUCUGCAUUGUUCCGUUCACAAGAGGUAGAGAGCGGUCACGUCCCGUGGAGUCCAUAGUACGAGAGGUUAAAGAGCUUUGGGAGUCCGGUGUGAAAGAAGUUACGCUUCUAGGGCAAAACGUCAACAGCUACAACGAUGAUUCGUCUGAUCUUGACUCAGGUGGUAAGUGGGAGUACAGUGAGGGUUUCUCGAGCAGGUGUAAAGUUAAGAACAAGGGUUUGAGAUUCGCUGAUCUUUUGGAUAGGCUCUCUUUGGAGUUUCCUGAGAUGAGGUUUAGGUUUACUUCUCCUCAUCCUAAAGAUUAUCCAGACGAGUUGCUGUAUUUGAUGAGAGAUAGGCAUAACAUCUGCAACCUCAUUCAUCUUCCUGCUCAGUCUGGUAACAGCAGAAUAUUGGAGCAGAUGCGUAGAGGAUACACCAGAGAAGCUUACUUGGAUCUUGUUCAGAAGAUCCGGAGUAUCAUACCGGACGUGGCUAUAACCAGCGACUUCAUAACCGGCUUUUGUGGAGAAACGGAAGAGGAGCAUGAAGAAACGCUGAGUUUGGUGAGAGAGGUUGGAUACGAUAUGGCGUAUCUGUUUGCAUACAGCAUGAGAGAGAAGACGCACGCUCAUCGGAAUUACACGGACGACGUUCCAGAGGAAGUGAAGCAGAGGCGUUUAACAGAGCUCAUCGAAGCGUUCCGCGAGACGACAGGUCCGUGUUACGACUCUCAGGUGGGAUCGGUUCAGCUGGUUUUGGUGGAAGGACCGAACAAGAGAGCUCCUGAGACGGAACUCAUCGGGAAGACGGAUAAAGGACAUAGGGUUUCGUUUGUGAGGAAGCCUCUGGUUGAUAGAGAGUGUCUUCGUGUGAAGAGGAGUCCUGAGGUUGGGGAUUUUGUGGAGGUGAGGAUUGAGAAGUCGACGAAAGCAUCUCUGUUCGGAGAAGCUCUCGCGAUAAGUAAGCUUUCGUUGUUUCACGAUGUUGGUGUCGAUGCUGCUGUUGCGUCUUGUGCAAGUUAA